AUGGAGGCCGUCGGCAACAUCAUGUUGAGCCUCCACCGAAACCUCCAGGAGAUUCAAACAUCCCUGGAUGGCAGAGGUCAGAGCAGAGAGCAUGAGCUCUUGUCAGGCACCUGCAGCUCCAGCUGCGACUCCCAGCUUGCCGCCAGUGGUGACCAGGUUGCACCUUUACCACCAGCAGCACCAGCAGCUCCUCCACUGAGCACACUUGCGCCACCUAGCCGGCAAGCGCAGAUCGCCGUUGCUUGGGUCCAACGCCACCGGCUCAUGGAGCUAUGGGCCACGAAGAGUCCAGUUGUGCGAAUGACCGCCGUGGGGGAGAUUGAGGUCCCAAUCGCUGCCAACGGUACUUUGCAGAAGGCGGCACUCGCCCGCUUGGCACGUGCUGCGGAGGAAGAGAUGCCGCAGGCACUGUCACUGCAGAUCCGGCUCUCACUUCUGUACACCCCUCUGGGCGGGAGGCCGGAACUCUACGGCUAUAGCUUCUCGGGCGCUCGGCUGCGGGUUCAGCGGGUCCAGUGCCGUUUGGCAAGCAAUGCCAGUGAGGGCAUGGUCGUGGUUCACGCUAUCGCAGAGCCGCCGUCUCUUUUCUUUUUCAGAUCUGCCGUCGCCAGCAAAGAAGUGCAAGUUCUGGCCGAAGUGUUGGCCUUCGAGGAUGCUCCCAAGAAGCCAGCAGUUGGAUCGACAGUCCCAGCAAGCAGGAUCUGGAAGCUCGCAGUACCAGUCGCAAAGGCAAAGCCGCAGCCCAAGGCCCAGGCGAAGGCCAAAGCCAAGUUAGGAAAUGGUUCCUCGACUGCGAACCCCGAGCAAUUACAAACUCAGCUAGACCAGCCCUUCAAACCUUUGGGACCUUCGCCCGGGGGCAGAGCAGAGUCUGCCUGGCCCCUGUCUGGUGGAACCUAUCCGACGCCACUCUAUGCGGAUCCGCCUCCUGAGUGUGUACUGGCCUGGGCGUUGCUCCGCUUCGACUUGGCCACCGAGUCGCGCAGCCCCCUGAAGGCCGAGCUACGACCGGGGAAGCUUCGCGAACACUUGGCGAAGAACCUUCCAGGGAAGAGCACUGCUGCCGCAGAGGCAGAGCUAAGCCGCCUUUUUGCGGCAACAUUCAAGGCGAAGCAGCCGCCCUUGCUGGAGUGUGAUGUUCAGGUGAUCCCUUUGGAUGAUGCACCUCGUCGCCUGUUACCACGUGACUUUCCUGCAGUGACAGAAUCUCAUCGCAUGGGUGGACUCGAAGUCAUCGAGGAUGUGUCCGGGCUGCAGAUCGAGGGAGCUCUCAGUGCCAAUGCUCUUGAUCCCGACGUGACUGUCAGAGGGAUUCUCGUGACUCUGCCGGAUGCCGGCUGGAUGGAGAGCUUUCUCAGGUCGGUCCCACAGCCGCCGCAGAUGCCCGGUGUGUCGGAGCCUGAGAGUAUUGGGUUUUCUGACAGGGGUGCCCCAAUUCAGGAAAACAAAAGCAAGCACAUCCGGAAAACGUCGAGGAUCGAUUUGGAGAAUAGCAAAUAA